AUGCUGGACUCCCGGACACGCGGAUGCGAGAAGAUGUACGCCUUCCGGCACCUUGCGCGUCCGGAUAUCGACACAGGCCUCCCCGGGGCAUUUCCGAGCGAGAGCCGUGAUGGGACUACGAGGGCGGGAGCGUACAUCGCGGCCAUUCUAUCGUGCCCGGAUCGCGGCAAUGGCGACUCGACGCCGGGGAUGAUGCCGCGCGAGCCAGCUCGCGGCGCGGGCAGAUCGUGCGAAAACCAUCGCUCGACGCUGGCGGGAGUAUCCGGAAGUCAGAUCGUGCGCUAG